CAGUCAAACCCUCCAUUUGAAACCACGUGCUGUUAAAAUCCGGAACAAUAACAGCUGUAAGUUCUGAUCCUGAACAUGAAGAGUUUGAGCAGCAGAACUUCUGGAACUUGAGGCAAAAUGAUCGCGGCUCUGCUGUCCGUGUCGCUUCCCUUCCUGCUCUGUGUUGUCCUGGCGAACAGCGACCUGUUCGGGUCGGUUCGGGUGGACCUGGACUAUGACCACUACGCAGAGAAGCGGGUCGAGUCUCUGCCUGCGUUCCUGGCGAUGCCGUGUAACUGUGUGGUGAACGUGGGUUACGUCUGCGUGGGUCUGUACUGGCUGCUGUGGAACCGAGGAAGCACCGAACCCGAACGGAGCCGCUACAUGAGGCAGGUGUUCGCUCUCAUGGCUGUGUUUUACGCGCCGGUGCAGUGGACGCGCCUGACGGUGCUGCGGCGCGCUCCCGCCGUGCUCGACCAGUGGCUCACGUUACCGAUCUUCGGGUGGGUCCCGGUGUGGAUCCGGUACAUCGAGCAGCCUCCGGGCCGGUGGAGCGGCGCGCACGGCGCCGCGCUGGAGCUGUGCUCGCUGCUCAGCUACGGACUGACGCUGCUGCACCCGCUGGGCUUCGAGGUGGCUCUGGGCGGACACGUGGCCCUGGCGGUACACGGGGCGGUUCGGCUGCAGCUGAAGCACGGGGACCGUCAAACCCGCACGGUUCUGCUGCUGGCGGUGCUGUCCUGUGCGGGCUUCGUGGUGCUCAAGCUGCUGGAUCACCAGCUCGCCCGGUACCGGCUGUUCCAGCGGUUCACCGGACACUUCUGGUCCAAAGUGUGCGAUGUGCUGCAGUUCCACUUGAGCUUCUGCUUCCUGACGGCCCUGACGCGGCGGGUCCGGGACAAAACUGCAGCCCAGCAAGACUGACGAAGCCGGAUCAAGUGUGGACGAGUGGCGGCCAGGUGAUCCAGGUGGAAGCACGUGACCUGAGCAUGCAGCACAGGUGUUCAGCUUCACGCGCUGCUUUGUGGUGGCAAACUGUUGUCAUCAGUAAACAUGUGAUUGUCAAACUCAUCCUGAGAUUUUGUCAUUUUACUGUCAUUUUUAAUUUGUUUCAUUAAUGCCUGAAAAUAAUGUUUUUGUGCAGAUUUCUAAAAUCCGCAGAUGUCAGAGUUUCCGAGAUUCAUCUGAAAACAAGCAAAGUGCUGUUUACUCUGAUUUGCUUCCUGUAGUUUUAUUUCUGUUCUGCUCAGGUGUGUCCAGCCCUCGUCUGUUGAUUUCAUUUCAUUUCAGGUUCACUUCAGGCUAACUGUUGCUUCGUCAUCAGCUCCUUAACUAGACGCUGUCCAGAUGAUUCAUUCACUAUAUAUCGUCCAAGUAGCAACAGAAGAAGAUCACAACCAAAAGCUUCAGUAAAAUGUGGGAGAGAAGAAGAAGAAAAAUACAAAUAUUACUGUGCUGCACCUGUUUCUAGUUUACAGGUGAAACUAAAGGCUGAUCCACAACUGCUCAUAUUCUGUCUUGUCGGGUCCAAACGUAAUCAUUUGUGAAUGUUGAGCUAAUUUUUGUUCCCGACCAAAGCCUCGGCACUCACAUGAUGCGGUUAACGAGUUAAUAUCUCGCCAGAUUCAGUCAGUAAAUGUCAGGAUUUGAAUGUAAAUGAUGUUACGUUUCUUUACAGCAGAGAAUAAAAUAAAAUAUUUUGAGCUUGA